UCCAGCAUCUCUGAGCAGGGGAGCAGGCGAUUAGGGCAUGGAAAUGCAGUGAAUUUGUUAAUUUAAAUUUUUUGCAACGUGUUUUCGACUGCCAUGAAGAAGAAGGGUUGUCGCAGGGUGGAUUGUCUAGCUACACGCUGCGAAGUCUUGAUGGUUCGUCAAUGAGAAAUGCCGAGUCCUUUUCACUAUUGGGGUUAACGCAGAAAAAUACAAGAUGAAGAAACAAUUCAAUCGAAUGCGACAGCUCGCUAACCAAACAGUGGGCAGGGCAGAGAAGACAGAAGUAUUAAGUGAAGACCUGCUACAGGUGGAGAAGCGCUUGGAGCUGGUCAAGCAGGUGUCCCACAGCACUCACAAGAAGCUCACCGCCUGCCUGCAGGGUCAGCAAGGAGUGGACGUGGACAAGAGAUCGGUCAGGUCACCCUCUAAAAAGCUGCCACUGACAACACUGGCCCAGUGUCUGGUGGAGGGAGCCGCGGUGUUGGGGGAUGACUCUCUGCUAGGGAAGAUGCUGAAGCUGUGCGGGGAGACGGAGGACAGGCUAGCCCAGGAGCUCAUCCUGUUCGAGUUCCAGAUCGAGAGGGACGUCAUCGAGCCCCUUUACAUGCUCGCUGAGGUGGAAAUCCCCAACAUCCAGAAACAGAGGAAACAUUUAGCCAAGCUGGUCCUGGACAUGGACUCCGCCCGCACGCGGUGGCAGCAGUCCUCCAAGUCGUCGGGUCUGUCCAGCAACACGCAGCCGACGGGGGCCAAGGCCGAUGCCCUGAGGGAGGAGAUGGAGGAGGCAGCCAACCGCAUGGAGAUCUGCAGGGAUCAAUUAUCAGCCGAUAUGUACAACUUUGUGGCCAAAGAAAUAGACUAUGCAAACUACUUUCAGACACUAAUUGAGGUCCAGGCCGAAUAUCACAGGAAGUCGUUAGAGCUCCUCCAGAGCGUCCUGCCCCAGAUCAAAGCACACCAGGAGGCCUGGGUAGAGAAGCCAUGCUAUGGGAAACCCCUGGAGGAGCACCUGUCCAUCAGUGGGAGGGAGAUCGCCUUCCCCAUCGAGGCUUGCGUGACCAUGCUGCUGGAGUGUGGGAUGCAGGAGGAGGGGCUGUUCAGAGUGGCUCCCUCUGCGUCCAAGCUGAAGAAGCUGAAAGCCUCGCUGGACUGCGGGGUCCUGGACGUGCAGGAGUACUCCGCCGACCCCCACGCCAUCGCAGGUGCCCUGAAAUCAUACCUACGCGAGCUCCCUGAGCCCCUGAUGACCUUUGAACUCUACGACGAGUGGAUCCAGGCUUCCAACAUUCAGGAUCAGGACAAGAGGCUUCAGGCAUUGCUGACAGCGUGCGAGAAGUUACCCAAGGCCAACAGUAACAAUUUCAGAUAUUUGAUAAAAUUCCUGGCCAAGUUAAAUGAGUACCAGGAUGCGAACAAGAUGACCGCAGGGAACAUCGCCAUCGUGCUGGGGCCGAACCUGCUGUGGACGCGCACCGAAGGGAACAUCACAGAGAUGAUGACCACCGUGUCCCUGCAGAUUGUGGGCAUAAUCGAGCCGAUCAUCCAGCACGCCGACUGGUUCUUCCCUGGAGAGAUCGAAUUCAACGUGACGGGGAACUACGGCAGCCCCGUCCACACCAACCACAACGCCAACUACAGCUCCAUGCCCUCGCCGGACAUGGACCAUGCCGACCGCAAGCAGCACGACCAGGGCCGCCGCCCGCUCAGCGUCGCCACCGACAACAUGAUGCUGGAGUUCUACAAGAAGGACGGCAUCAGGAAGAUCCAAAGCAUGGGUGUCAGGGUGAUGGACACGUCUUGGGUGUCCCGCAGGGGCUCUUCUAUCGCGCGCAAGACCUCCUCCACCCCCCCGAGCGUGCAGCCCCCCGCCCCGCCCGCUGACUCGCUCAUCCCCGAACAGCCGGGCGAGCAGUCCGCCUCCCCCUCCCCCACUCCUCCUCCCGCUAGCGGUGACCGGGCCAGCUCGGACGAUGCGUCUUCCAAUUGGUCGGAUUCCUGUUACGCCUACCCUUCCCCAGAGGAGGAGAGACUGCCCCCUCCUUACCCCUCCUCCUCCUCCUCCUGCUUCCCCCCUCCUCACCAUUUCCACCCCAAAACACAGCCCUGCGCGCGGCCCGUCGCCCCCGGCCCCGAGUCCGUGCCCCCCGGGCCUUCCCCUCCCCCCUCCCGCUGGACUGUCUACAGCGCCCCCCUCCCGCCUCCGACCUCCCCCUCACCCCAGCAGCUUGACAUAAACUCUAACCCCAAACCCAGCUUUCUGCACCUCCCCAAGCAGGGCUCCCUCUCCGACGCACCGCAUGCGCCCCUCCUGUUCGAAACUAACGUCUCACCCCUCUACAUCAAAACCCCCCUCGUGCUAACCCGACACGACCCGUCCCUCGGAAACCCCCCUAGCCUACUCCCGUCCGCCCCUUUGCAGUGGGCCGCCUGUGGCUGUAGCCGAGACAGAGGAACCAACCUGACUAGUACCCUGAAGAACAAAGAGCUCUCUCCUGUGAUUGGGCAGAAGGCUGCUCAGACUGCGGGUCCCUCAGCCAAUAGUGGACAGGCACAGCCACCCACCGAGCAGAGCCCUCACACCCUGCGCAAAGUGAACAAGAAGCUGGCCCCCAUUCCGCCCAAGGUGCCGUUUGGCCAGUCGGGGGGGGUGUCGGACCAGUCGACAGGUCAGCCUUCGCCAGUCAGCCUGUCCCCCACCCCUCCCAGCACCCCCUCCCCGUACGGAUUCGGCUACCCCCAGGGGUAUGCCACCAUCGCCUCCCCUGGCCAGGCCGCGUCGACAGCGCCCCCUUCCCUGUCCUCCCCUCCGUCCCUCACCGGCACGCUCACCAAAUCCCGGCCCACCCCCAAGCCCCGGCAGAGGCCCAGCCUGCCCCCUCCCCAGCCCCCCGGCGCCCCCGGACUGCCCGCCUCGGGCCCCCAGGCCCUGGAGCACAGCCUGCUGGAUGGAAUGUCCCCUGGGGAGAGCAUGUCCACAGAUUCUCUCUCAAGCCUGGAAAUUCCCACCAUCAAUGUUGAACCGGACGGCCUCCUCGACGAACCCAUGGGCGCCCCCUUUAGGAACUCUGUGGCAGCGGCAGACCCGGCCGGCAAGGCCGAGUCUGAGGAGGAAUCGGAGAGCACGGCACUAUGACACCCAAACCCCACCCCCUCUCCCCACAUGGCCCCGCCCACCUGGUCCUCCUCCUUCAGUUGUUCAUAAGAGUCUUGCUCUACUACUGAGGCCCAUGAACGAUUCGGGCCACCCCGGAACCCGUCCCCAGACGAGAACCAGCUCCGCUCCUCACAUCCGCAUCCCCUACUGACUGCGAACAAUCUCAUCUGCAUAGAUUAGAAAUAAAUAAUCCAGCAGAUUCCACAGACAGUUGGAAAAUGUGGAAAGGAGAGAUAUUGAGAACUGAACAUGGCGUUAAAUGCUUUAUUAUUAUUUUUUUAUUUUAACUUUUAACUGGUUUUGUUUGACCCGCUUGU